AAAAGUAAAAAGAAAAGUCUCAGCUGAAUUGUUUUAUCAGUUAGCUUUUUCAACAAUGUUUAUUUUCUCCUUCUGUGAUUAUCCUCUAUGUUUCAUCAUUGUCCCACAUGAGUCAACUGUUUGGUUCCCUGAUAUCAGAGGGUAAUAAACCAAAGUUAUGUUCUAAACUAUUCUUAUAUUCCAGGGGAGGAAGGACUGCUGAGAUGAAGCAACACUCCUUUCUUACUGCAAUUGCUUUACUGUUGUUCCAGUUUUUCAUUUCCAAAAUAGUUGCUGACCUAAAUUCAGACAAACAAGCACUCCUCAACUUUGCUGCCAAAGUCCCUCAUGGCAGGAAACUUAACUGGAAUCCAACCAUUCCAGUCUGCACUUCUUGGGUUGGAAUAAAUUGCAACCAGGAUGGAUCCCAUGUGCUCUCUGUCCAUCUUCCCGCUAUUGGACUGCAUGGUCCAAUUCCAGCCAACACCCUUGGGAAGCUGGACGCCCUCAUGAUCCUCAGCCUCCGAUCCAACCACCUCAAUGGGAGCCUUCCCUCUGAUUUACUCUUCCUUCCCUCCCUCCGUUACAUAUACCUUCAAGAUAACCACUUUUCAGGCUACAUCCCUUCUUUUCUGUCUCCCCAGCUGAGUUUUCUUGAUCUAUCCUUCAACUCCUUCACGGGCAAUAUUCCAGCAUCAGCCCAAAAUCUGACUUACCUCACUGGUUUAAACCUCCAGAAUAACUCCCUGACAGGACCUAUCCCCAAUUUUAAUCUUCCAAGACUCAGGUAUUUGAAUUUGAGCAACAACCACCUAAAUGGAUCAAUACCACUUACCUUGCAGAAGUUCCCAGCUUCCUCUUUCGUAGGGAACUCCAUGUUAUGUGGGGAACCACUUAACCAGUGUCCAACAACUGCCCCUACAACUUCUCCUUCACCUACUUAUUUACCGCCUCUGCCUUCAGAAACUCAAAGAAAGGCAAAGAAGAAAUUAAGUCGAGGAGCUAUCAUUGCCAUUGGAGUCGGAGGUUCAGCUCUGUUCUUCUUCCUACUUCUUGUGAUGGUGCUUUGCUGUUUAAACAAAAAGAAUAGCGAAGGCAAUAUUGCAGCAAAAGGAAAAGGCGGGAGUGAGAAGCCUAAGGAGGAUUUUGGAAGUGGGGCGCAAGAGGCUGAGAGGAACAAGUUGGUUUUCUUUGAGGGAUGUUCAUAUACGUUUGAUCUUGAGGAUUUGUUGAGAGCUUCAGCUGAAGUGUUAGGAAAGGGGAGUUAUGGAACGAUCACCUACAAGGCCAUCUUGGAAGAGGGAACAACAGUGGUUGUGAAGAGAGUGAAAGAAGUGGUGGCUGGGAAAAGAGAAUUUGAACAUCAAAUGGAAAUGGUGGGAAGGCUUGUCCAGCACCCAAAUCUUGUGUCUCUACGUGCCUACUACUUUUCCAACGACGAGAAGCUCCUCGUUUAUGACUACAUGGAAUCAGGCAGCUUCUCUGCAUUAUUACAUGGAAGCAAGGCAGGGGUACGUGCUCCGCUAGAUUGGGAUACCCGAGUAAAGGUUUGUCUCGGAGCAGCGAAAGGCAUUGCUCAUAUCCAUUCCACAAAUGGUGGAAAAUUCGUCCAUGGCAACAUCAGGUCCUCUAAUGUUCUCCUCACCCAAGACCUCAACGGCUGCAUUUCUGAUUCUGGCUUGGCUCCUCUAAUGAGCUACUCAACUAUCCCAUCUAGAACUGCAGGUUACCAAGCUCCUGAAGUGAUUGAAACUCGGAAAUUUACUCAAAAGUCUGAUGUCUACAGCUUUGGUGUUCUUCUCCUAGAGAUGCUAACAGGCAAAGCACCAUCUCAAACCCCAGGACAUGAAGAAGUGGUUGACUUACCAAGGUGGGUGCAGUCUGUUGUUCGUGAGGAAUGGACUGCUGAGGUUUUUGAUGUGGAACUAAUAAGGUACCCAAACAUUGAAGAAGAGAUGGUUCAGAUGCUUCAGAUAGCGAUGACAUGUGUCUCGAGUUUACCAGAUACGAGACCCACCAUGGAGGAAGUGGUUCGGAUGAUCGAGGAAAUCCGGCAAUCAGAUUCUGAAAACCGUCCAUCCGAGGAGAAGAGCUCAAACACUCAAACGCCAUAAUCCAUCCAGCAUUCUAUCCAAGUUUGUUCCCGUAAGAGGCUUCAGCGUCCUGUUUGAUUCGAGCCAUAUGGAGUUUGGUUGUCCCCAGGCUUAAAUUGGUACGGUGAGGCAAUGUUAACACGACCUCACAGGCCUUCCGAAAAUAAGUUCUUAACAGUACUUAGAAUGUGUUCGUGUCAUUCUUUUAGGAUUUUAGCAUUAAAUAAUCUCAUUUGUCUCCCUCGAUUGCACAAAACUAACCAUUGGAUUGGAAGAGAUCUCCUAAAUACGAAUGCUUCCCCCAAUCCAGUGGUUCUCACCAGACUGCGAAAAAAUAGAACUCCAAGAUAUUU